AUGUUGGUCAACUUUUUGGCCUUCCUGGCCGUUCUGCCCGCCGUUCUGGCGCAGACGGUUACGUAUCAGGCCGAGACUGGUGCCCUCAACGGAGUCACCAUCGGAACUUCGCAGACCGGAUUCACCGGCACUGGCUACGUCGAGGGUUUCGACGCGGACGCGGACACUGUGACCUUUACCGUGACUAGCACGGCCCAGAAGCUAUACGAUCUGGUGAUCUUGUACUCGUCUCCGUCCGGAGCCAAGUACACCACCGUUGUGCUCAACGGCUCCGGCGGAAGUCAGGUCGCCCUCGCUGCGGCGACGGGGUGGACGACGGCCUCCGGUGGACAGGUCCUGCUGGCGGCGGGAACCAACACCAUCGCUCUGCAGAGCAACUGGGGAUGGUACCUGAUCGACGCCAUCACGCUCACUCCCUCGGCCGCCCGUCCCGCGCACCAAGUCACCACCGCAUUGGUCAAUACCAACUCCUCGCCCGCCACCAAGGCGCUGAUGAAGCUCCUGGUGGACAACUACGGCUCGUACAUCCUCAGCGGUCAACAGGACCCGCCGAGUUUGGCUUGGAUCGAGACGAACAUCGGAGAGACCCCUGCCGUUCUGGGUCUGGACAUGAUCGAGUACUCGCCUUCCCGUGUCGCGAGGGGCUCCACCUCGACUGCUGUCGAGGACGCCAUCGCGUUCGAUGCGAGGGGAGGAGUCGUUACUUUCUGCUGGCACUGGAACGCUCCCGUCGGCCUCUACGACGUCACCGGCAAAGAGUGGUGGCGCGGAUUCUACACGGACUCAGUCGACUUCGACAUCUCGACGGCGCUCGCCUCGACCACCAACGCCAACUACACGCUGCUGAUCCGCGACAUCGACGCCAUCGCCGUGCAGCUCAAGCGUCUUCAAGCCGCCAACGUCCCGAUCCUCUGGCGCCCCCUCCACGAGGCCGAGGGAGGCUGGUUCUGGUGGGGCGCAAAGGGCGCCGAGCCGGCCAAGAAGCUCUACGGAAUCGUCUACGACCGCUUGACCAACUACCACGGGCUGAACAACCUGAUCUGGGUGUGGAACAGCGUGGCGUCGGACUGGUACCCGGGCGCCUCGACCGUCGACAUCCUAUCAUACGACAGCUACCCGGCGACCGUCGGCGACCACGGGCCCGUCUCAGCGCAAUACAACGCGCUGUACGCUCUCGGCGGCGACAAGAAGCUGAUCGGACUCAGCGAGAACGGCGCGAUCCCCGACCCCGACCAGCUGCAGCUCUACGACUCCGACUGGAGCUGGUUCGUCACCUGGACCGGCGAGUUCCUGACCGCGGGCACACACAACACCCUCGACUUCCUCAAGAAGGUCUACGCGAGCAGCUACGUCAAGAACUUGAGCGACAUCAAGGGCUGGAAGACCGGCACUGCUGCCGUCAGCAGCAGCACUACUACCCCCACCACCGUGGUCUCGUCCUCGAAGAUCUCGAGCGCGGCGCCGUCGGCGUCGACUACUGCCGCCAGCGGAACUGUGCCGAAGUAUGGACAGUGUGGCGGAACUUCGUACACCGGACCGACAACGUGCGUGAGUGGAAGUACGUGCACCGCCGUCUCGCCGCCGUACUACUACCAGUGCUUGUAG